AUGUUUAAAAAGUUCCGCGCUUACAAGCAUGCGUAUUCCCCGCGGCGUAAAACCUUUUUUAUUAAGCGCUUAAAAACAACGGCGGUAACCUUAAAAUCCCCGUUCCCGUUUAAAAAGCUAAAAGGCGUACAAAUGCUUCGUUCCAAAAUUGGAAAAUAUUAA